AUGGUCUCCCAGCCAGCUUCGCAGAAGAAGCAACAAUCCAUCUCCUCCUUCUUCUCUGCCAAACCAUCUCCAACACCAAAGGCAGUCGCUCAUCCAACUCUUCAUGAACGCAAUGCCUCGCUCGGAGAUGGAGACCUCUUCCUCAGCGAACAUGGCAGUCCAGACGGAGAUCGGGUAGCUUCUACCACUCCGAAGCGAGCAUUAGACGACGUAGACGACGUGCAAGCUCCCGAAGCAAAGCGAGUGAAAGCUUCCAAGCCAUCCGAUGAUCCCGAUGCAUCCCUAAUUACAAAUGGAGAGGCGAGUGCCGGAGUGGUGGGCAACAGACCUUCACUAGCUCAGGUCUCGGCAAAUAAUGCAGGCGGCGGCAAGAAGGCAAAAAUCACGGAUAGAACUUCGCGAUACCUGUUCUCCAGCUCACCCCUUCGAACUCCGCACGACGAGAACGAGAAUGUCGACGAUGAUGCGGCUUCUCUCAAAGCUAAGGCUCGACUGCAUGAGAAGUUUGUCAAAAAACUGGGAGCGGCAGAUAGUCUCGCAAGUAUCCGACGGCGUAGUCAUGGCAUUACGGAAGAGGGGCAAGAGGAGGACGGAGAUGUGGCGGACGAGGAUGAAGAUCAAGAAGCAGAGCCAGCUCCUGCAGCUACAAAAGGCAAGAAAGGCGCGGCGAAGAGGGCCAAAGGAAAGCUCACGCCGUUGGAGGAACAAGUGAUUGCAAUCAAGAAAAAGCAUCCAGACACUUUGCUGGUGGUGGAGGUCGGGUACAAGUUCCGCUUUUUCGGCGAGGAUGCAAGGCACGCGGCGCGCGAACUGAACAUUGUCUGUAUCUCGGGCAAGUUUAGGUUCGACGAGCACCCGUCGGAAGCUCAUCUCGACCGCUUCGCUUCCGCCAGCAUCCCGACUCAUCGCCUGCACGUACAUGUCAAGCGACUCGUUUCGGCCGGUCACAAAGUGGGAGUCGUCAGACAGCUCGAGACGGCAGCCUUGAAGGCUGCGGGUGACAACCGAAACAAAACCUUCGAGCGUGGCCUCACCAACCUCUACACCAAAGGCACCUAUAUCGACGACCAGGAGGGGCUUGAUGGACCGGUGCUUUCUCCCGACGGAGGCGCUCCCGCGACCGGACACUUGCUGUGCAUUACCGAAACUCCCCCGCGUGGUUGGGGCUCGGAUGAAAAUGUGCAGAUUGGCUUCGUCGCUGUGCAGCCCGCUACCGGCGAUAUCAUCUACGACGACUUCGAAGACGGCUGGAUGCGAAGUGAGCUUGAAACCCGUCUGCUGCACAUUGCGCCCUGCGAAUUCCUCAUCGUGGGAGACGUUUCAAAGGCGACGGAGAAGCUCAUCCGUCAUCUUUCGUCGAGCAAGACGAACGUGUUUGGAGACAAAGCCCGGGUGGAGCGCGUAGACAAGCCGAAGACGAUGGCUGCACAAGCCUACACCCACAUCACCAGCUUCUACGCAGACAAGAUGCGGCCUGACGAACCUCAGUCCUCACAGGUUGAGUCUUCCCAGGAGACGGGCACACUGCUUGACAAAGUCCACAAGCUCUCGGAGAACGCCACCAUCUGUCUUUCCGCAAUGAUUACCCAUUUGACCGACUACGGCCUGCAGCACGUGUUUGACCUGACGAAGUACUUCCAGUCGUUCAGUGCACGAUCACACAUGCUGCUGAAUGGCAAUACUCUCACCAGUCUGGAGAUCUAUCGCAACCAAACCGACUACACGGAACGCGGCAGUCUCUUCUGGACUCUCGACCGAACACAGACACGGUUCGGGCAGAGGCUGCUUCGCAAAUGGGUUGGCCGGCCGCUCCUCGAUCGAGAGCGGCUGGACGAACGCAUAUCGGCGGUCGAGGAGUUGAAGGAGAAAUUACAAAGCAUGGGCGUCGAUCGGAUCAAGCACCUGCUACGCAAGACCAAAGCCGAUCUGGAAAAGUCUCUCAUCCGUAUCUACUACCGUCGGUGCACGCGCCCGGAGCUGCUGGGCGUGUUGCAGACGUUGCAGAUGAUUGCCCAGGAGUUUGCGCACGUUGAGAGCCUUGCGGAUGCCGGGUUCACCUCUGAGAUGAUAAGCAGUGCCAUUCUGUCAUUGCCCAAAAUCUCAGAUGAAGUGGUGCAGCUUCUGGACCGGAUCAAUGCACAAGCAGCCAAGACGGAUGACAAGUAUAGCUUUUUCCGCGACGAGCACGAGACGGACGACAUUACGAAUCAUAAAGUCGGCAUCGCUGCUGUGGAGCAUGACUUGAACGAGUACAAGAAAGAAGCGGCGGAGAAGCUGAAGAGGAAGACAGUGGAGUAUGUCACUGUAGCCGGGAUUGAGUACCUCAUCGAGCUGGACAACACGCAACUUAAGAAUGUCCCGGCGUCGUGGGUGAAGAUAUCCGGCACGAAGAAGGUGUCGCGCUACCACACGCCCGAAGUGGUGAAGUUGAUUCGCGAGCGCGACCAGCACAAAGAAGCCCUGGCGAACGCCUGCGAUGUCGCCUUCAUGAGCUUGCUGACGGAGAUUGGCUCGAAAUACCAAGCUUUUCGCGACUGUGUGCAGUCCCUGGCCCUUCUCGACUGUCUGCUGUCCCUCGCCGAGGUGGCGUCGCAGCCUGGGUAUUGCAAGCCCGAGCUGAGCGACGAGAUUGGCAUCAGCAUCAAAGGCGGUCGCCAUCCCAUGGUCGAACAACUCCUGCUGGACGCUUUCGUGCCGAACGACGUCGAGCUUUCCGGGAGCGGUGUUCGUGCUCUGCUCUGCACCGGGCCGAACAUGAAUGGCAAGUCGACGUACGUGCGGUCGGUGGCCUUGAUAACAAUCAUGGCGCAAAUUGGAUCGUACGUGCCGGCCGAUUCUGCUCGUUUGGGGUUGCUUGAUGCUGUGUUCACGCGCAUGGGCGCAUUUGACAACAUGAUGAAGGGGGAGAGCACGUUCAUGGUGGAAUUGUCGGAGACGAGCGAUAUCAUCAAGCAAGCGUCGCCGCGCAGUCUGAUUCUGUUAGACGAGUUGGGGCGAGGCACGAGCACGCACGAUGGUGUCGCCAUCGCAGAAGCGGUGCUGGACCACAUCAUCACCAAUCUCCACAGCCAAACCAUGUUCAUCACGCACUACCAAAGCCUGGCUCGCAUGGCCGACCGAUUCCCCAACGUGCUCAAGAACGUGCACAUGCGCUUUUCGGAGCAAGACGACGCCGAAAGAGGGGAGCAGAACAUCACCUUCCUGUACGAAGUGGGCGAGGGCGUGGCGCAUCGCAGUUACGGGUUGAAUGUGGCGAGGCUGGCGGGCUUGCCGAAGACGUUGCUGGAGGAGGCGCGGCGCCGCAGCAAAGGGAUGGAGGAGGAGGAAGGGCGGAAGCGUCUGACGUACCUGGCCGGCGUGGCCGAGACGCUGAUGCAGGAUGGUGAGGCGGAGUGUCUGCAGCACUUUGUCGCCGGUCUAGAACAGAUGUGA